AUGCCAGUUGUACCAACUUAUCAUCGACAAUCAAGCACCUACAACAAUAACAAUCAUCGUAGAUCAAUGGCUAUAAUCAACGACAAUAAUCAUAGUAGCAGCAGUAAAUCUUUAGUAAUACGUAGAAGACAUCGUAAAUCUGCCAAAAACAGCCCAUUUUUAAAUCAUACAGUUGACAAUUUUUAUAAUGUUUUACGUAAAACCGAAGUGGACAAAACCGUCGAAUCUGCUAAAAGUUGGGCAACUGAAUACGAAGAAUAUCGACGCUCGGUGAUACAUUCUGAUUAUACAACAAAUACUGAUGAUUGGAACAACAACAACUAUUUAUAUAUUCAAAUAAAAAACAUGGCCUCCUCUUUGCACACAAAACAAUUAUCUAGAACAAGUGAAAUUUUGACAUUAUUAGAAAAACGUUCAUUAGGAACUUUACAACCAAAAAAUACAAACCAAAUUUAUCAAGCUGCUAUUAAAUUUAAUGGUGAUUUUGAAUUCUCGAGUCAUGAUGGAGGAAAUUAUCUUAUUUCCGGAAGUGAUGAUAGAAGAAUACUUUUAUGGGAUACGUAUGAUGACAUCGAAUCAAUCAAACCAAAGAAAUGUUUUAAAGCACAUUCUAGUAAUGUAUUCUCGGCAAUAUUUGAUUCUUCUAAUAAACACAUUUUAUCAUGUGGAAAUGAUAAUACAAUAUUUUACUAUGAUGUUGAGUAUAGUAAAUGUGACAAUAGUAACCUGACAGUUGAUAAGUUCGUAUCACAUUUAGAUGCUGUACAAUCUAUAGCGUUUGAUCCCUUUAACGAUAAUAUAUUUUUAUCUGCAAGUCAAGAUGGAACUGUUAAAUUAUGGGACAUAAGAAAAGGCAAAAAUCAUUGUGGAGAAAUUGUGGUUUUUGAUAGCAUGACAUUUGUCCAAUUCAGUCCUGUAACUGAAAGACAAUUUGUUACAAGCAGUAACUCUGCUUUUAGCAAGAAAAGUAGAAUCCCAUUUUUAGAUGAUAGCGAUGACAUACUAGUAAAAUAUAUAACGACAUUAUCAAAAAAUAAUAAAACUGCAAGGCCUGAUAUAAGUUCAGUAACGUUUCACCCUUCAGGUACUAUGUUAUGCGCGAUGAUAAGUAGAUAUUAUCCAACUUUAUAUGACAUAGCUGAAGAAACUCCGUUAUGUAUAUUUUCAUCCAAUUACAACAAAGAAUCUAAUACUUGCUAUUCCAAUAAGGGCACAUUUAAGCAAGCACAUUUUGGUGGACCAAAUGGCGAUUAUAUAUUAACUGGAAGUGAUGACUUCAGAGUUUAUGUGUGGAAAAUUCCAGAUUUAAAUCUUUUAAAAGCAAAUAAAGAAAUAUCACCGACUACAGAAAAUGAUUUAAAAGAUGUUAUACAAGAUAACAUAAUAAAAAUUUAUGAAAAUUCAAACCCCGAAUAUGUUCUUGGAGGCCAUCGGUCAAUAGUAAAUACUGUGCUAUGGCAUCCACACUUACCAUACAUAUUUUCAUCAGGCGUAGAAAAACUUAUUAAAAUUUAUUCAGCUUUUCCAUUUUCUGAUAAUGACAAUGAACCAAAAGAAGCUUUUAAGCAAAGAGAAAAAUACCCACCAUCAUCAUUAUAUCAUAUAUUCGGUUUAUCUAACUCUGAUUUGAGUGAUAGCAUUGAAGAAGACGUGGACACAUUAAGAUUUUUUGAUAAUAUACUUAGAAUUGAACAAAAUAAUGAUCCAUACUGGGGUCCAAAUUCUAAUAAUAAUAAUAGCAGCAGCAGUAGCAAUAGUACCACUAAUCCAUUUAUUAAUCAAUUGCCAUGGAAUUGGCAUAAUCGUAAUUUUCACAAUCAUUUCACUUUUCCAACAUUCGAAGAUUUUAAUAGAUUAAUAAGUUCUAACACGAACAGCACUAUUUUUGGUGAAGAUGAUGAUUAUCGCUCAUUUAUUCUUGAUGAAGAUGAAGAUGAUUACAUUUCAAACUUAUAUGAGGAAGAAGAAGCUGAUGAUGAUGAUGAUGAAGGAGAUGAUUAUGCUUUAAGUUUUGAAAGAUUUUUUGCAGCUACAAGAGAAAUAGUUGGAGGCCAAAUGAGAAGAGAUAGCAGCUUCACUAUGGAUUUAUCUCGUAGUAAUAAUUUUACCAAUAUUACUGAUAAUAAUGAUGACACUAAUACCGAAUCUAAUACUAAUACCGAAAGCAAUAACAACAGUGGAGAUGGUGGUGGUAACAGACUUGGAGCCAUAAUCAGUUUUGGAAAUUAUAAUAACAGUACUCGUACCAUUAGCAAUAAUAACAACAACAACACGCCUGGUACUGCUAUUGCUACUACUAAUAGUGGAAUUAGCAGAAGAAUCAGAACCAUUAAUAGAAGAGUUAGUGAUAGAAGAAGUAAUAGGCUUUCACAACCAUUCAGAUUUAGAGAUUCUUCUAAUAAUAAUUUUCGAUUUUCCAGUAAUUCAUCCAAUACUGGCGAUCCUACAACUACAACAACCAGUAAUAAUAAUAACAGCACUAGCGCUAAUGAAACUAAUAAUACUGUAUUUGGUCCUGUUUUUAUUGGUCCAGAGCGAAUGAAUUACGAUAUUACUAACAAUACUGGUAUUAAUAUUCUAAGUGGAACUAACGGCUCUUCACAUCAUUUCAGGCCUCUAGAUGAAAUAUUUUCUUAUAUUGAAGAUGAAAUGUCUAAAUUACGUAAAAGAUUAGAAGAUAAUGAAUCUGAUGAAAAUGACAUUGAUAUCGAUAAUGUUGAGUUUAUUAAUGGUCUUUUUUUAGAUGAAAUAUUCAAUCAAAAACAACAAAGACAUUCCAAAGAGUUGAGAGAUGCAGCAGCCGGACCUUCUAAAAUUAAUGAAUUUUCCAUAUCCAAACUCCUAAUAAGAGAUCAAUCUCUUGAUGAUGAUACUGGAGAAAUGUUGAAGAAGUACAAUCGGGAUGCAUUUUAG